AUGUACCCGGUUGUGUAUGAAAUUUCAACUCGCCCAUGGCUCUAUGAGUUGAGCCAAAAAUAUAGCAGAGACAUCACCACCAUUCGACAAAUCCCUCUCGUUGAGUUCGACUUGCUAAAAACAAAAGGCAUCGACUAUGUGUGGAUGAUGGGGGUGUGGCAGUUGGGAAAUUAUGGACUCGAAAUCGACAAGAAGGUAAACUACUCUUAUGUCCUUCCUGAUUACACAGAAGAUGAUAUUAUUGGUUCUCCAUACGCGAUUACCCAAUAUGUAUGUAAUAAGGAAAUUGGAAUCGACGAAGAUCUAAUUUGGCUCAAAACACAGUUGCACGCUAGGGGGCUUAAACUGAUGUUAGACUUUGUUCCAAAUCAUAGCGCUUGCGACGCCCCGACGGUUUCGAGCAACCCGGAGUUAUACGUUAGAGCCAAGAGAGCUGCAAAUUACGACCCAAAGUAUUACUUACCAAAUGGUGUUGCUCAUGGAAGCGACCCUUAUUUCGAUCCGUGGGGAGACACCGCACAAUGGAAUUACUUUGAACAGAAAACAAGAGACUUUAUGAAAGAAAAUAUGAUGAAAGUCGCUUCCAUAGCCGAUGGUAUUCGAUGUGACAUGGCGCACCUCGAUCUGAACGAAGUGUUUUACUCGACCUGGAAAGACGAGAUGGACGCAUGGGGAUACAAAAUGCCGUCAACCGAGUUCUGGGCAGACACCAUCACCGCCGUGAAGAAGCUGUACCCAAAAAUUGUUUUAAUGGCGGAAGUCUACGAAGACUACCAAAUGGCAAAAUUAAAAGAAUGUGGGUUCGACUAUUACUAUGACAAGGCAUUCUUGGACAAAGUUGAGCAAAGUGUCACCGAAGUAAAUGAGUAUAUUGCACAACACGAUAUCGAAUUUUUCAACAACGCCGCACAUUUUGUCGAAAAUCACGACGAAAAUAGAGCAGUUUACAACAUGAAAACUGUUAAACGUGCUGAUGCGGCGGCCGCAUUGGCAACAACCCUUCCGGGUCUCAUUUUCUUUAAUCAUGGCCAAUUCGACGGUCUUGAAAACAAGUUGGAUGUCCAUUUGCGACGUUCGUAUGCUGAGGAUGUGUCCCCAGACGCCCAAAACUUCUACACAGUUUUCACUAACAUAUUAAAAAACGACGCUUUCAGAACCAAAAAUUUCGAAAUUGUACCAAACCUCGCUGGUGAGAAUCCUGAACAGUUCUCUGUCUGGACCCGCACCGCGACCGAGAAAUUCCUUGUUGUUAUUAACUACUCAGAGAAAGAGGGGUCUCUCAACAUACCGAUGUUGAAUGUUACUCCACAAGAAGGUCAGACCACAAUCACAUUCACCGACUUAAUGACUAACUCGGACCCAAUCACGAUUACCCAGGAAACUCUUCAAACUACCGGCCUUGGUGUGCAGAGCGCUCCCUACCAAGUCAAGAUCUUCAAAUAUCUCUAA